GAGUAUGAACCGAGGAUACGGAGGGGUUGUUUAUUUUCCCAAAAAAAAAGGACACCGAUCUCACUAUUGUCUGUGUUGUGGGGCACACGGCAGUUCUUGUUCUGGUUUCAGUUAGUUCAGAUCGAUCAUAUUACACAGGAGGUGACAAGGAUUACCGAUAUUUGAAAAAAUGUUCCAAGAUCAAGAUAUCAAUCGUCAUAACUAUCAGCUUCGCUUCAUGGAAAUGGAGAAUAAGAUCAAGCGAUGCGAGCUUGAAAGAGCUGAACUAGAGCAACGAUUUGCACUGCUAAUGCGAGAACGCCAAGAAUGUGAAAAGGUCGCAGCUCGUCAGCUUAAGCAGAAGUACAAGCGAAUGAUGGAACUUGAGCGACAGAGAGCGGAACGUAACGAAAGUUUACUACGUAUGCUCCACAACAUCGAUCAACAAGCGGCAUCGAUUGCCGCCAAGACAGAUCGACUGAAGAUGCUUAAAACUCAAUAUGAAUCAUAUCUCAUUCGGUCGUGGUCUUCUCAACGAGCUCUUCCAUCUCCUUCCCCGGUUCCUUCGCUAAAUACUCAACAAUUCGCGUCCUUCGUGGCUCCACAUCAUACUCCUUCCUACCAACUCCCUUCUCGGCUUACUGACUCUCCCAAAUCCGAAUUCGUGCGAUAUCUCUCCGAUAUGACACAUGCCCAAACUGUUACCUACAAUCCUAUUCCUCCUCCAACAGCCCUUUCAAAUUACAUCCAUUAUCAGCAGCUUCCGAUACAGCAGCAUCACGUUUCUCCGUACUCAGCACCAACUUCUUCAUUUACCCAAGAUCCUUUCAUACGUUCUCCAGGAGACAACUCAACUUUACAGAAUUCCAUUAUAAAUCCGUCGCCUAUAUCUAAAAUGCCGUCAACUCCAAGCCGUUCACUAUCCACCCUCCCUCCUGCAAAGAAAUUAGAUCUUUCAAAUGAAGAGUUCAUCCAAUACAUCGACAACGAAAUCUUGAAAGGAUCCUCCACUAGCGAGCCUGCGGCAACCGACAAUGAUCAACCUCCAGAUAUUGUAAUCGAGCCGCCAUCGAUUACUUCAACGCCCCUUCCGGAUGCUUACUUGGAAGACCUAACCAACGACGAAGACGAUUACCUUCGACCGCCUGCCGCUGCUCACUCGCUCGACGAUCUACCCGUAAUCGAAGAAAUUGUCGAAUCAACGGCAAACCUUAACUUGAAUGACGGAGAUGCAAUGUUAACUACGUUGAAAGAGUUGGAAAAGUCCCUAGCGGUACCUGAUGAUGCAGUCAUCAACCAGCGUUGGGAGAAAAUCGUCGAAGUGAAUUCUAUUGUUCGGCCACCAGUAGAGGUCGCACCUGAAAUGGAUCCAUCUCAAGAUACCGUUGAAGUUCCAUUCGUGAAGACACCACUUGAAGAGGUUGUCGCACAGACGCUUCGUGGUGUUAUAUCUGAAGUUGAAGAUCAAUACGAGGCUCCAGUAGUUCCCGAUGCAUCUGCUGUAGACGAACCACAACUUUCAUCUGAUCAGGUUUGUUUUUCAGCAAAUGAAUUGGCGGACACUUCGGCUGCAUUUGGAGAAAUGCAGAAUGAAUACCCGCAGCCUUUCUACGAAUCAGAGGCAGAAUACCAGCAGGAGAGCUAUUUCCCUAAUACUUCGCAAGGUUACCAGGAAGGUGCACCUCCUGUAUACUCUUCACAAGAUCCCGAAGAGUACAACGACUACUUGGCGUCUGACACACAACAGGUUCAACAAGCAACAGCGGAAGACCCAACUCGAUGGACAAUGACCAAAAACACAGUACGCUCCAAAAGCUAUUCCACGUCCCAAUCGCGAACUCCGGAAACAAUCGACGAAGUGGUCAGCAAUGGCGAAGAAAACCCUCUUGAACAACACGACGCUACACUUGGAUCAAAGCAUUCCUCUCCGGUCGGACAGAUCGCGUCCACAACGGAGAUUCACUACCCGGAACCGGAAACGCAGCAGGAGCAACCUCUACCCGAAGAAGUCAAUCAGCAGUAUGACUACUCUCAAUACCCGCAAGAGUACGACUCCAAUGAUCCCAAUCAACAAGCGGCAUAUUAUCAACAGUACACUGACGACCAGACGGAACAGGACCAAACUCAAGCUUACCAGGGAUACGCAGAGCAAGAUCCGAACCAGUUCCAACAAGCUACCGAGUAUCCAGGACCGACGCAGUACGUGUUCGAGCAGGGCUACUACGAAGAACAACAACCGCAACAGGCGGCGGCAGAGUCAGACCCAAACCAGGAAUACUACGUAGGGGACCCAAAUGCGACAGAUCAACAGCAGUACUAUACGGAAGGCCAAGUGGACCAAGCGUACUAUGACCAGUCUCAGGCGGAGGUAGAGUACGCAAACUACGAUGAACAGGUUGCCACGGUGGCUGCAGAUGUUGCACCGCAAGAAGAGGUUUUGGAAAGUGUCGCCGAGGAGGAAGAAGAGAAGCAGAUGACACUGGAUCAUCCAACGGAGAUGGUGGACACGGUGCAGAACAUUGAGGAGAAAACUAGUAGCGGUAGUGAAGUGGUGGCUGCCGAAGAGAACUCGGAUUCUCCGGUCAAGCCAAACGCUUCCGGUAAAGAAGACACGACCAUUAGUUCAGUGAACGACGAAAGUGACUUUGAUUUUUCCACGCAGUAAGAACGUGAAUAAAGUUUCCAUGAAUUGUUAGGUUUGGACUUUGAUUGAAUAUAAGCUAUUGAAGCCAGUUG